CAAAGAACGUUUUCACAAAACCACCAACAAAAAAGAAGAAAUUUGUCGACGGAAAAUGUUCUUCUCUCAGUCGGCGUCUUUUCGGGUUCUUUUAUGUUUUCAUUCAGUUUAAAAAAUGCAGUAAGUCGAAGAAAGAAACCAAGAGAUUCGCAUGGUAGAAAAAGGUAAGACAAAGAGUUGGAAGGGAAGAGAGAUUCAGACACUGUUAAAUUAUCAGAGCGACGUCGUUUGCAACACCAAGAAGAAAAAAUCGGACGACGAGAGAGAUCGCCUCGUGGUUGCUGUUACUCCCCCUAUGUCUUACAACCACCGGAUCCGGCUCGUGACUCUCAAAACUGCUACAUCCGCGGGUGCGGAUGCUGCUAUUGGGAAGGUUCUCCCCAACGGAGAUAUUUACACAGGUGGCUUCUCCGGUAACGCGCCUCAUGGAUCGGGAAAGUACCUUUGGAAAGAUGGGUGCAUGUAUGAAGGCGAGUGGCGGCGAGGGAAAGCUUCCGGGAAAGGGAAGUUCUCGUGGCCGUCGGGAGCCACUUAUGAAGGGGAUUUCAAGUCGGGUCGGAUGGAAGGAAACGGGACGUUUAUCGGAUCCGACGAUGACUCGUAUUGUGGGUCUUGGAUCUCCAAUCGGACACAUGGGUACGGUCUUAAAGGUUACGCCAAUGGGGAUUACUAUGAAGGUUCGUGGAAGAAAGACCUACAAGACGGAUACGGGCGUAAUGUUUGGAGUAACGGGAACGAGUACAUCGGGGAAUGGAAAAACGGCGUAAUCUCCAGUCGUGGAACAUUGAUUUGGUCGAACAAAAACCGGUUUGAAGGGAAAUGGGAAAACGGAGUCCCCAAAGGGGGAGGAGUUUUCUCCUGGCCAGACGGAAGCCGUUAUAUCAUACCUUGGAACGAAGAUAACAUGAAGAAAGUUCAACAGUUAAACGGAACAUUACGUAAUGGGAACGACUGGAAAGAGCAUUGUGAUGGAAGGGGAAGCUUAGGGGAAAGAAUCAUUAAUUUCCCGAGGAUUUGCAUAUGGGAAAGUGAUGGUGAAGAAGGAGACAUUACUUGCGAUAUAAUCGAUAAUGCUGAAGCCUCGAUGAUUUACAGAAAUGGGUUUAGGGAGUUUAGAAGAAAUCCUUGUUGUUUUAGUGGGGAAAUCAAGAAACCAGGCCAACUGAUUUCUAAAGGCCAUAAGAAUUAUGAUUUAAUGCUUAAUUUGCAAUUGGGUAUCAGGUAUUCUGUUGGGAAACAUGCAUCGAUGAUGUUGCGGGAUUUGAAGCAGACAGAUUUUGAUCCAAAAGAGAAGUUUUCGAUGAGGUUUCCGAGUGAAGGAUCGAAGCUUACUCUGCCUCAUCAAUCCGCCAAGUUCCGGUGGAAGGAUUAUUGUCCGGUUGUGUUUCGACAUUUGAGGGAGCUAUUCCAAGUUGAUCCUGCUGAUUACAUGCUAGCUAUUUGCGGCAAUGAUGCCCUUAGAGAGCUUUCUUCUCCGGGGAAGAGUGGAAGCUUCUUUUACCUUACUCAAGAUGACAGAUUCUUGAUAAAAACAGUAAAGUGAAGUCAAAGUUCUUAUAAGGAUGCUUCCGAGUUAUUACCAACAUGUUUGUCGGUAUGAAAACUCCCUCGUAACAAAAUUUUAUGGCGUGCACUGUGUCAAACCAGUUGGUCGUCAGAAGACCCGGUUCAUUGUGAUGGGUAAUUUGUUCUGUUCUGAGUAUCGAAUCCAUAGACGGUUUGACCUUAAAGGAUCCUCCCAUGGCCGCUCAACCGAUAAGCCAAAGAGGAAAUCGAUGAAACAACAACCCUUAAAGACCUGGAUCUCAAUUUCAUGUUUCACCUCCAAAGAAAUUGGUUUGAGGAACUCAUGAAGCAAAUCGAUCAAGAUUGUGAGUUCUUGGAGGCUGAGAGAAUUAUGGAUUAGAGUCUUUUGGUUGGACUACACUUCCGUGAUGAUAAUAGAGGUGAUAAAAUGGGAUUAUCAUCGUUUCUCUUGCGCACUGGUAAGUAAUAAGGAUUCGUAUCAAAAUGAAAAGUAUAUGUGGGGCUGUAGGUUCCUUGAAGCAGAGCUACAAGACAUGGAUAGGGUUUUAUCUGGCAGGUAAUUUUGGUUGUCCCUAUUUUUAUGGUUCAAAGGAGCUUAGAUUUUAAAUGUAUUGGUUAACUGUUGAUUGUGUGUGUUGUAACUAUCAUGCUCUGAAGUCUAUGGUCAGGUAUGUCUUUUUCUGCUGUGAUGGAAUUUGCCGACAUGCAACCUAUUUUGAUCAUGAAUUAUGGCAAACGCAAUCAAAGCUUCUAAACUUUAUCUUAGUAGUACUUUUUAAAAUGUCUUGUUCUCAUAAUGAUUUUGAUCCCUGGCUAUAAGGCAUACCAUUUGUAGAUUUUCCUUCUUGGUG